AUGAUGGAUUACUCCAAGGGGCAAAUGUCCGGUUUAUCAGAGGAAAGCAGCUCUGCAAGGUGCCCCCAGUCUAGUCCUGCUGGCUUGAAGCUGGAGGCGUUGAUGGAGCAACUCCAGAGACAGCAAGAAGCCAAACAGGACGUGAACCUACAGGAGAAACAUCUCCUUCAAGCUCAGCUCCUCUUUGCUCAACACGCUGCUGCGGCGGCGGCCAGGGUCCAGUCUGGCUGCAGGCCAGAUCUGUUCGCCAAAGGAGGAGGACUAGCUCAGCAAGCUAGCAACAACAAUCCAAGCCGAGUUAACACUGGGGAAGAGGAGGAGGACGAGGGUGAUGGUGAGGAUGAUGAUGAUGAAGAUGAUACUGAUGAGGAGGAGGAGGAGAUGGCGGCGGAUGUGGAUGAUCAGCAGGCCCAAAAACCUCGACUGCAGCAGGUUCCGGGCCUCCCUUUCAUUCCUUUUUCUGAACCGGCGGCCGGCAAGUCAUCAUCUCCGCCUGUAGCCGUGAAGCAGGAGCAGGAGGAGAAGGAGUUGCUGUCUCCCGUCCGCUUUCCUGCCUACACGUCGGCCAACGGCUUCACUGACUGGUCCUACGACGAGCCCCUGAAACAGAGGGCUCCCAUCUGGGCUGAGGACAACGAAGCAGGCCGCGGAAGAGCAGAACCGUCCAGGGACUUUGCAAAGCUAUAUGAACUCGACAAUGACCCCCAUCGCAAGGAGUUUCUCGAUGAUCUGUUUGUCUUCAUGCAAAAACGAGGUACGCCUGUCAACCGUAUCCCAAUUAUGGCCAAACAAGUGCUGGACCUCUUUAAACUCUAUAAGCUGGUGACAGAGAAGGGAGGCCUUGUGGAGGUCAUCAACAAGAAAAUCUGGAGGGAGAUCACAAGAGGUCUCAAUCUCCCAACGUCCAUUACCAGCGCUGCUUUCACACUCCGCACGCAGUAUAUGAAGUACCUGUACCCUUUCGAGUGUGAAAAGAAGGGUCUGAGUUCUCCAGGGGAGCUGCAGGCGGCCAUCGACAGUAACCGUCGAGAAGGUCGUCGUCCCAGCUACACCAACAGCCUGUAUCGCUACUCGCCUUCUCCCAAUUCCGCUCCGCACAAUCUUCUCUCCCCGCCCACCGUGCAGGCCCCCACGUCUGGACAUAACACUUCCAGUCAGUCAAUUAGCCCAAACGUUAAGAAAAAUUUAGAUGAAGCCUCAACUCCAGUGAUCCCCAGUCGGAUGCCCAUGGCGCUGGCACUUGGGCAGCAUCAACAUCAUCAUCAACAACAACAACAGCAGCAGUUGGCCCAAGCAGCCACUCUGGAGCAUCUUCGAGAGAGGCUAGAGCGCGCCGAAGGCCCGGAGAAGAAAAUGAUGCGUCUGGCGGAGGAACAGCAGAGGCUAAUGCAGCAGGCCUUCCAACAGAACCUCCUGGCGAUGGCCUCCCACUUUAACCCCCUUAACCUGAAGCUCAACAAUGGUCAUGAGAACAAACAGGAUUUGUCUCUGAGUAUUUCAACUAAUGGAGCGGCCAGUAUCAGCGUGUCUGUGGAAGUCAACGGCACCAUGUACUCAGGAACACUCUUUGCUCAGAAGUCUGCUGCUCCGGUGGUAUCGCAGGCUGUAAACCAAGCAGGGACGAGCGGUUUCAGUGCCUUCUCCUCCUCCCACAGCCCCUCAUCUUCUUCCUCUACCUCUUCAAAGGGUCCAAAUUAA